CGAAAUUGGCCACACCAGCGCGGGAAGUCAUCUCUCAACCUGCAAAGCUGUUUUCAAGCUUCUUUCGCGUCAACUUUCUUAUUCGGCAGACAACCCUCCCGACGGCACACAAUAAUACUACUCGUAGCUAGAGUUUGUUCGUUGUGCAUGGAUAUGAUAUGAAUCUGAUCACAUGAAUAUUCAACAACAAUGGAGUACCAAGAAGCCCUUUCCAACAGCUCAGUCUCCGGUGCUCUGCCCUUUGUCCGCACGGAAAGUUCGUCCAGCAGGCGAAGACGCCGAGGAGCCGCUGCAGCCCGUCUUGCCCAAGAAGCAUCAGCGAAGGCGUCCGUCGGCAAGCAUCAUGGGUGGCAUGAAUCCAUGGAAGCAGCUUCAAUAGCAGCACAUCGCAAGUGGGGACGUGAUAUGGGCUGGAUUGGUUAUAAGGAGAAAUAUGAAGAAGACUAUGGCGAUGGAGACACGUUUGCCUCUUCUAGCAAAAUUCAUGUACCUCUUCAUGUGGCCAGCAAGAGCCCGGGAACAGCAUCCAGAGAACGCAGAGGUCGCAACAUGAACAAACAUGAAAAGAAUAUGAAUGGGAAAGAAAUAUGUUUUCCAGCAGUCGAAUCUAAACAACCCACUACCCGCUUGGCAGAUGCUGAUGAUUUCUGGACCGAUGCAACUCGAUCUCUGGCUACCGGUACCACCACCACUGAUCAAUCACGGAGAAGUGGCGAUGGUGUCUCUAUUGUGGCACCUAUGCCACCACAAAUCCAUCGCAUAACUCACACUCCAGCAGGAAGAAAUUCACUCGACAUGAAGCCGUCCAAGCCACAAAUACAAUCCGAUGGAUUCAGCUACUAUAGUGGGGAGUCAUCUUACAACUCCAUUCUGGCUCCAUCAUCUUACAACUCCAUUCUGGCCCCAUCAUCCCCAUCUAUGAGAAAAAAUAGUCAAUGGGUCAAAUCCAUGGAACGGGCUACUGCCAAUUUGGCCGAACACAGCUGGGAUCCAAGGUACGGCUUUACCACCUUGGAUACCUCGGACGUCAUGUCCAUAAGAACUCCUUCAGUGGCAUCACAGCAACCACAGCAGCCUCGGCAACAGCAAUUAUCUGCUGCUCCCGCAAGCAACAACAACAGCAACAACAAUAAAAACAAAAACGAUAGCAACAAUAACCACAGGGAAGCCUUUGCCAAGAGAGUUGCAGAGGAACUUCGAAGAAACGAUCCGCCAGGCAAAACUGCCGAGGAAACAGUUCUAAAGCGAGAGCAGCUAGAGCCAGAAGAUGACGAGAUGCUUUCGCAGAUCGGAUUUGAGGUGGACGCUACAAGCGUUCUCAAACGAAUGGAUGCUCAAAAAAUGAUUGCUUCGCCAUCAAUGGGAACAGCUGAAUACCCUGACGACAUUCUGGGAAGAUUGCAUGUCAUGGAGGCGCAGGGAUCACCUGAUGACAUUUUGAAAAAGAUUGAUCUUGCUAUUGAAGCCCAUGAUGGCUUGAAAGUAUCGGCACUUAACUUCGAAGAGCACGAAGACUACUUGAUGAUGAUCCAGCCUCCAGCUCCAGUAAUGCCAUAUGUCCAAGUCAGAAAAGAAAAGGUGCGACAGGAGGAACUCGAUUUGUUCCGUCGCAGGUCUCCUCCUCGGACAUCGGGGAUUGGCAGGUUGGCUGGGUGUGGUAUGUUGAAUCCUAUUCUUCCUGAAACAGUAUACUCUACUGAUUCGGGGGAGUACAGAUCAUUCGAACAUGGGCGCAGCGUCAUGGGGUCUCACUCGAACGACACUGCCGACGAAGCUACCCAUGCUUCAAGUCGGAAGGGUAGUAGAGGUAAUGCUACGGCCGAACGACAAAGACAAGGUUUAGGCAACAACAAUACACGUAACAAUGGCGUGAAAACGGGGGUCUCGCCGGGUCAUCCACAACCUGACGAAGCAAGCCAAAGCAGCGCUCAGUCAUCCGUCACUGCUGGGUGGAAAUCUUUCUUGGCAAAGAAGGUCAAGGCAGAAAACGAAGCAGCGAGUCUGGGUCGGCGUGAGCAACAGCCAUCAGAGGAAGCACCGAAACAAGAAGCGGGGGCGAUUAAGAAAACUGUCAGCUUCGCCUCGGAUGUUGUGGACACUCCAACAAGAAAGCAGCUUCCCAGCGGUGGUCCGAGUCCUGAUAAAGCAAAACCCGUGCAGGCUGCGCUAGAAGAAUACGAACUGGAACUGGACGCCAUGGAAUCAAAGCUGGACUCUUUGGAAAUGGAAAAAUUAUCGCAACUUGAACUGGACGCCAUGGAAGAAAAGCUCGACUCGUUUCAGUUGUCCGAAUCCUUUCUCGAUGAUUCGUUGUUCGAUUUUCCCGACGAAUCCUUUGACGCUGCGACGCCGACUCAAUCCAGCAUUACACGAGAUUCAGCGCCACAAAGGGUAAUGAGAUCACGUGCCAGACUAUCGGCGCGAAACUACCGAGAACGAAUGCAUUCACGUGACAGAGUAAACGAAUCAAACACUACCAUAUCAUCCAUCGGGCUGAACUCUCAUCAAACGCGAUCGCUAAAGUCCUAUCAGAAUACAAUCGAAUCGAGACAAACCAAUGAGAAUACAACCGCAUCGAGGCAAACCUAUGGGAACACAACAGCAUCGACAUCGAGGCAAUCAGAGUGGACAGAGACGGACAGCCAAGUAGGUGCAGAGGCGCCAAGCUUCAUGCAACGAAUUUACGAGUGCCGAAGCGGAAACACAUGCAGAUCCCAACAUCGCCAACCGAGGAGCUACAACGAGCGAGUAAACUGGCACGAAAAAAGCAACCAAGCCUCGAGGAUCGUGGAGGAUUUGCUCAACACCCUUCGCUCUGAACGUGCCAGUUGCAGCCGCUCCCCAGCUCGGAGCCACGGUGCGGAAUCCCCGCCCGACUCCGACGUGGAAACCAAAGAAGCUGACGAUGCUUUCGACUUGGCACGGGCCAGGGUGGACGCAGCUCUGGAAACGCUUUACUACGAUUCCAAUAAUGCAUAGAUGGCGUAAUUGUGUUGUGUACGAGCAUGGUGCGGCCGUUGGGCAAACGGCUACUGUAGAUGGCUAUUAUUGUCUUCGUUCUAU